AUGGGUGAUCGAUCGUGUAAUACGGUUCCUAUCGUCCUGAAAAACUUCAAUUACGAGCACGAUAUAGAUUAUGCUCUAAAGAUGUGCCGAUGGGCUCUGAAAUGUCUCGGACUUUGGCCGCUCGUUUCUGAUCGUACCGGGAAACAGGAAAAAGUCAUUUCAACCAUAUUACUUGCAACGUGGUUCUUCGAUUUGCUGUUCUCUCUCAUACCUCCCAGUUGUUACAUCAUUUUCCAAGAGAAAAACCUGUACAGAAGAGUGAAGCUGCUCGGACCUGUUGGCUUUUGCAUGUCGUCCACGUUUAAAUACAGUUAUCUUGUUCUAAAAGGAACGGUUUUCGGGCGUUGUAUCGACCAUGUAGAGAGAGACUGGCAAGUUGUAGACAACCCCAUCCAUCGCAACAUCAUGUUAAAACAAUCAUCUAUUAGCAGACAUCUAAUCGCUUUAUGCGCAAUUUUCAUUUACACGGGCGGUAUAUCCUAUCAAACGGUGAUGUCGUUCUUGUCCAAAGGACGCGUUGUAGGAAAUCGCACGAUGAAGCCCCUGAUGUAUCCUGGCUACGAUGUUUUCCUUGAUACGCAGUCGAGUCCAACUUACGAGAUUAUAUAUUCCAUUCAUUGGAUUUCCGGCCUUAUCAAGUAUAGCGUUACAACAGCUGCGUACAGUUUGGCUGUAAUCUUUGUGACACAUAUCUGCGGACAAAUUCAGAUCCAGACAGAACGAUUGAAGAACUUAGUUCGACGAAAUGAAAAGGAAGGUUCUCGUCGUGACUUUUUGGCCAUCAUUGUUCGAGAUCACGUCAACGCAUUGAGGUUGUCUAGGGACGUCGAGGAAGCUUUGCGUGAAAUAUGCCUGGCGGAAAUCGUAGAGUCUACGUUAAUUAUAUGUUUACUAGAAUGCUAUUGCUUGAUGGAAUGGGAAAACAGCGACGUGAUAUCAAUAUUAAUGUAUUUCAUAUUGCUGACCUCCUUUACUUUUAAUAUCUUGAUAUUUUGUUACAUAGGUCAAGUCAUGUCUGAAGAGUGUACUCAAAUCGGUCCAGCUGCUUAUGAAAUCGAAUGGUACACUUUACCGCCAAAGGAAGCUAGCGAUCUUAUUUUUCUAAGUGUUAUGUCGCAGUAUCCACCUAAACUAACGGCAGGGAAAAUAUUCGAAUUAUCUCUGAAUACUUUCGUCACAGUGAUGCAGACAUCGGUAGUUUAUUUGAAUUUGCUUCGUACAAUUGCCGAUUGCAUGAGAUCCUUAGUUCAAGAUCAGAAUGCAUCUAAACCGCGCAAUUCGUAUUACGAAAGAGAUAUCGCUUUCGUUUUAAAGCAUAUCAGAUGGAUUAUGAACUCGCUCGGUAUUUGGCCAGCUGUGCUGAAAGGACGCUUUCUACCGACUGUCACGAAAGUACUAUGCAAUUUGGUAUUGCUCUUCGCCAUAAUACCGUUUAUCCUUUAUCUAGUGUACGAGCUACGGGAAACGGUGAUGCGGUUGCAAUUACUUGGUUGGCUGAGUUUCUGUUUAGUGUCAUUGUUAAAGUACUGGGUUCUCACCGCGCGUAGGCCGAUAAUUGAGUGUUGUAUCGAACAAAUACAAACUAAUUGGAAACAGGUGGAAUUGUGCGAAGAUCGAAAAUUAAUGUUGGAAUAUAGUAAAAUGGGUAGAAAUCUGACGAUAAUCUGCCUUGUAUUCAUGUAUACCGGCGGAGGUAUCUUUCAUACGAUCACGCAAUACGCGAUCGGCACGUUCGUUGAUGAACACAAUCGCACGAUCAAGCCACUAGUGUAUCCCAUUUACAGUGCUUUGUAUGACGCGCAAAGAAGUCCGGUUUAUCAAUUAGUGUACAUCGUGCACUGCAUGUGCGGAUAUGUGAUUUAUUCUGUAGUGUCUAGUACAUGUGGAUUAGCCGCGCUUUUCGUAACCCACAUCUGCGGUCAAAUCGACAUCGUCAUAUCACGACUGAACGAUCUCGUCGACCGUAAACAAAAUUCCAAUCCGAACGGACGAUUAAUAGAAAUUGUCGAACGACAUCUACGAACAUUGAGAUUUUCAGCAAUGGUAGAGACAAUUCUGCAAGAAGUGUGCUUAAUGGAAUUCGUUGAUUCCACUAUUAUGAUAUGCCUGCUCGAAUAUUUUUUGAUAAGGGCGUGGGAACAGGGCAACACAAUUACUGUAACAACGUAUACCUUGUUACUGAUAUCUCUGACGUUUAACGUAUUUAUACUUUGUUACAUUGGUGACCUCCUCAUUGAGAAGAGUAGUAGCGUCGGAAUAUCGUGUUUUACGAUGGAUUGGUACAACUUGCCUACUAAAACGGUGCGUGGCCUCGUCUUAAUCAUCGCUAUAUCGAAUUAUCCUGCAAAAAUUACUGCCGGAGGGAUAGUUGAUUUAAAUUUAUCUACCUUUGGAAGUAUUCUUAAAACAUCAUUGGCGUACUUGAGUAUCCUCCGAACAGCCGUUGUUUGAUAAUUCAUUAAUUUUUCCACUAUUUUAAUACUAACUUGUAGAAUAAAAAGUAAAAGAAUUUACACAAUUCACUCUCUUGUUCGUGUCACAUUCUGGAGAUGUGUAUUUAUAAAAAAUUUCAUUAUUUUACAAAUAUAGCAAAAUAAUUACUGUUUACGGAGUUAAUUGUACGUUGUACGUUCUAAAUUUAAACUUAU